GUAGGUCGCCACUUCAGACUGACUGCAGGGGACCUCGUGGUUGUCAGAGUGAGCCGCUUCAUUAUUAACUAUAAGUAAACAGACGUCCCCGGAGCUCUUUGUAACUCGGAAACUCGGGAGGACAAACUAAACUAAUCUCCGCCGUUACUCGCUUAGUUGCAAGAGAGAGCAGCGGUGGGAGGGAAACGAGGUCAGAGCUCGUGUUUCCACGGCUUCUGCAGAGUUAGGAAGACUUUCUAGGGUCUGUGUCGGAAGGCUAGAGAUCUCCAUCCAUCAUCCCGAGAGCCUCUUCCAGCACCUGCAAACAUGACUCGAAGAUCCUGCGCGAUCUACGUGGUCGGGACCAUCUGCGCUGCCCUGCUGGUCGUUGGGAUUGGCUUAUUUGUCGGCCAGACUUUCCGCACACUCAUGCACAACCGUCUCAAAAAGGAGAUUGUUUUAGUGGAGGGAAGUCGUGUAUUUGAGUCAUGGAAAAACCCUCCCCCUCCUGUCUACAUGGAGUUCUUCUUCUACAAUGUGACCAAUGUGAAUGAGUUCCUUGAAGGGGCCAAGCCACAGGUCAAACAGAUUGGACCCUACACAUACAGGGAGUACAGGUACAAGGACAACGUGAGCAUGGUGGAAAAUGACACACUGGUGUCCGCAUACAACACCAAAAGCUUUGUGUUCCUGAGAGAGAAGUCUGUGGGCGACCCAGCUAUGGAUAACAUCACCACUGUCAACAUCCCUGCUUGGGCUGUGAUGAACAAGGUGAAAGGGAGUUUCUGGAAGUCCUCCAUGGUGUCCAUCUGGAUGAACUCUUUUGGGACCGGCCUCUUCACUACACGCACUGUGGAUGAAUUGCUGUGGGGUUACGAAGAUCCCUUGCUGACCCGCAUCUCCUCCACCUCGCCUGAUGUAGAGAAGGUCUUUGGCCUCAUGUACAAGAAAAAUGGAAGUAACGACGGGGAAUUUGUCUACCACACCGGGGUGGAGAACUACAUGGACUAUGGCCGGGUCAAAACCUGGAAAGGUCAAAGCCAGCUGACAUUCUGGAGGACUAACCAAAGCAACAGCAUCAAUGGAUCAGAUGGAAGUGCUUUCCACCCUUUGCUGAGCAAGAAUGAACGCAUUUACAUCUUCACCCCAGACCUCUGCAGGUCAAUCUACAUGGACUUUGAGAAAGAUGUAGAGGUGAAAGGGAUCCCAGCCUACCGCUUCACACCACCACGCUCUGUUUUGGCCAGCAAGGAGGAGAACCCAGCCAACGAGGGCUUCUGCGUCACUCCAGAGGAGUGCCUGGGAACUGGCCUUCUUAAAGUCAGCCCCUGUCGAAAAGGUGCCCCAGUGGUCGCCUCCUUUCCUCAUUUCCACCUGGCAGAUGAAAAGUUUGUGGCCGCCAUUGAUGGAAUGUCCCCUCAGAGAGAGCAUCACCAAACAUUCCUAGACCUUAACCCGACCACUGGAGUGAUUGUACGUGCAAACAAGAGAGCGCAGGUAAACAUCCUGCUCAACAGAAUUUCUGGAUUCCCGAAAACAAGAGGCCUGAAUGAAACAAUCUUUCCUGUUAUGUUCCUCAAUGAGAGCGUGGUGAUUGAUGAUGCGUCUGCGGCAAGAGUACAGAAGCUGCUGCUGAUUGCCACUGUAGUGCCCAACUUCCCGCUCAUCUUUGUGGGACUCGGCGGCAUUAUGCUCAUCGUCCUCAUCAUCCUCCUGGUCCGGGCCCGCGAUCAGAGGAUUGAAGUUAAGCGCAUUGUCUUUACCAAGGCUCUAUAUACUACCUCUGCUGAAGAGGACACCUCUUACUCUCCAGUCAAUGACAAGGAAAAGGAUGAUCCCCAAAAUGGAACCUAUAUUGGUUUGACACCUAAAGGCGACCCGCAAACUUGAGAAGUACGGAGGGGAGGAAAGAAGCUUUGUACAUCAACAACCUUCAGAGUUUCAAAAAGGGUUUUGGGGGAGAGAAAAAAAAAUCCACCAUGGAAAAUUGUCAAUGUCCUUUAUAAUUGGGAAUCUGUCUGUUUUUGAUGUUUUACUCUGGGGGUGGGGGGGUUGAGGGGAAGACGAAGGGGACAUGUAUUUAGUGUCAGACGUGCUGUGUGUACUUAGUUUUACUCAUGGAGAGCUACCUAAAGUCCAGGUCUAGGACACAGUAUUCCCAGAAAAUUGUGUGUGUGUGUGUGUGUGUGUGUGUGUGUGUGUGUGCGUGUGUGUGUGUGUGUGUGUGUGCAUGUGUGUAUGAAGGGCUACUUCUUGCUGUUCAGCUCUACUCAUGAAAUAAUGAACAUGUAAAAUUCUUGACAACAGGCUGUAGUUCUGAUAGAGAGCACAAGUUGUGGUGCUCUGAAAACAAACGAAACACACCCUUCAAACCUGAGGUGUGGGAUGAUUCGAUUUCAGUGCUGUGGCCUCACCUCAUUCUCUGUUUGCCUACAUUAGAUACUUGUCUUGCUUUAAACUCAGUACUUUCAGAUUUUAGCUUCUGACUACUAUACACCAGGGCAUAGAGGGUGAUUUGGGACCAGGGUUAUGAAAUCCAUAAAAUGUGAGUUUUUUUGGACAUCAGGUCUCACUCUCAGGGGGCUUCUGCUUAGAUAUUAUCAAAGCAAGAGAAAGGAGCAAAACAUACAGCAGGUCUUCUCUUUCUAAAAAAUUUUAAAUCAAUUCAGAAUCACUAUGUUUCAUUUGCAUUUCAUCCCAAUCUAAGUGUUGCAAAACAUUUUCAUCGCUCGCUAUUUUCUGUUCACGCAUUCUGUUUAGGGGGAUACCUGUCACAUUAUUGUCACCGUACCUGGAAAAACCUUCAGAGUAUGGCAUUUGUUUGUAUAUAUACAGUGCAAGAUGUGUUGAACUGCUCACAUUCCUCUCAGUGUAUGAUGGGAAUGAAUAUCAGAUAAAACGCUGUAUAUUUUGGAUAUUUUAAUUUUUGUAAAAUAAGUCCUUCUCUUUUUUUUGUAAAUGUUAAUGUAGAAAUGUUUGAAUGAAGAACAUCUUAAGUUCAAGCUUCACAAAUGUCUUCUAGUGCCAUAAGAAGCGACAGUUUCAUCAGCCAUCUAAAGUCCUGAAUAUGAAAGGAUUUAAUGGUUGAAACAGUGAUUCAUUCAGUACUGACCGUAUGUGUUGACAGUAUUUUUGCCCUGUAUAACUGCUUAUACUAACUGACAUCUCCAUCAAAAUGUAAUUCAGCUUAUUAUCAUAUCAAAAUGUGCUUUUAUGAUGCUGUUGUUGAAUGCCUUACUAGCAUCUUUGGUGCUGAAUAUGACAACCAACCCUUUUUUUUCAGAGAAAGAAAGACUUGAGGAGAUUUUGUGUCAGGUGUCCAGCAAUUGUAACUCAGAACUCGUGAUUGUUCAGUGUUCAAGAAAUGCUGAAAUUGUGCCUUGAAAACAAUCAAUGUUACUGGAUUUUUUUUUGUGUGUGUGUCUUUAUAUAACGCCAUGUCAUACCAACAAAUCUACUCUCAAGUGCUUACUUUAUUCUUCCAUCUUCCAAACAAAAAUGGAGCAUGUAGCUAUGAGAAGUUUUUUUUAUAGUUUCUGUAAAGCCGGCAGGGUCAAACUGCACUUUGAAGACACUGCUUGAAUGAUAGAUUGCUGUACAGAGCUACAGCUUUCUCACUGAAGGCUGGUGAAAAUAUUAGAUUUCAGGUGCCAUUUAAUGCAAUAUAGAAACUGCUAAAUUUGAACUGUGACGAGCUUUCACUACUACUCUUAUUCUUACUUGUUACAUUUUAAGUAUGAAUGAGUUACUUCGCACCACUUCUUUACUACGUGCAUUGUAAUAAUCGGCAAUGAAUAUAUCAGACAAUAGUGGAGAAGCGAUAACAUAUUUCACUUAGAGAUUUUUGCUUACUCGUGUGAUUUGAAUAUUUGUGUUUGGUAUAAACUUAAAUUCAGUUAUGUACAAUAAAAAAACCGAGAGCAGAAGAUAUUUGCGGAUUGCAUAAAGUAGUGUUAUAAAUCCAUGAGAGGGUGGAUGAAUGGAUCAAUCAAUAAUUUUGUUGAUGUAAAAUACACAGUAUUAUACAAUAUUAAUGAAGUGGUCGAAGAGGAUAAAUUAUUUUGUUACACUGAUAAAUCCAAAAUAUGGAAAGCACAACACGGACAGUACACAGGGCUAUUUUGUGCCAUACUUUGAUUAUAGAUUGUACUUUGAGAAAUUAUCGUAAAACCACUCAUUCUUUAGUUGUUAGCUUGUUUCGAAAUGUUGACUGUUAAUACUGUUUUUACUGUGUGCACAAAAAAUAAAAGUAGUUUGCAUGCA